GUCUCGGUUGUACGUCGCGUGCAUCCUCGCGUGCGGGAAUGACCCGAAGUUAUGCAUGCCAAAGGAUCAAUGAGCCGAUUGCCUCAAUCGUGGCGGCGACAUCGUACUUGUAGAUAGAUAUAAGAGGCCGCUCCGAUAAACUUAGAUUAAUGGAGCAUCUAUGCGUAAUAAUGUGUAAUCCAAUGACCCGUUGACGUUCUCGCCGUAGCGGAAUUCCCAUCGGUUAUUAACCGAUCAAUAAACUGAUCGGACGUGCAAUUCGCUCUUCGAGAUGAGGCACCGGAUUCGUGUGUUCUCGCACGCGAUCUGUCGAAAUCGCAGAUGGAGGGAGGGUCGAAUUGGUCGCGUGACACGACGCUGAUUAAUACCGUCGCGGAUAAUUAUCGGUGACUGUAUGAGAUCUAUCGACCGUACGAAAUCACGCAGUAACGCUCGUUUUACGCGCGACACCUUGCCGAGUUAAUUCCAGUGUCUCGUACGCGCGAAUGCGAGAAAAAGAGCGAGAGAGAGUUAAUUUUACCCUGCACCAUUCUAUAAAACGCUAGAUAUCGGCUGGGCAUGAACGGAAAUCGCGCGGCGCCCAUUGGUCAAUGAUGACGACAGCGUGUGGACCGCUAUUAAUAAACUAGCGCAUGCGCGCCGCACUGAUCGCUGUGUAUCCGCCAUUCAUGCAAGUCGAUUUCGUUGUUUCUGUGUGCAGGCAGGACACCAGCAGUUAGUCAGUCAGCCAGUUAGCCAACUAAUCGGACGGUUAUCUAGGUUCAGGAUCCAAUCAUUCAGCUGCAGUCAGCAGGCGAGAAGAAGUAAAAGUGAUAGAAGUUUCCAUUUUGAGGAUCAGUAAGAAUAAUGCUAAUCAAAUAAUAGAACGAGAAACAAAUUAAUCAGCUGGUACACGCAACAUUCGACAGAUAAUAUGGGGGCGUUUUUGGAUACUCCAAAGACGGAAAAGUGCAAUGAACAUGGCACUGGUAAUGGUUUACGAUACGGUGUUGCCAGCAUGCAAGGCUGGCGAAUGGAAAUGGAGGAUGCUCACAGAGCUAUUCCCUGUUUAGAAGGGGGUCUCUCCGAUUGGAGCUAUUUUGCAGUAUUUGAUGGCCAUGCGGGAGCAUUGGUAUCAGCGCAUAGUGCGGAACAUCUAUUAGAGUGUAUAAUGCAAACGCAGGAGUUUAAAGCCGAGGAUGUCAUCAAAGGGAUCCAUUCCGGGUUCCUCAGACUCGACGAUGAGAUGAGAGAUUUACCUGAGAUGAGCUCGGGCACAGAUAAAUCCGGUUCCACGGCGGUGUGUGCAUUUAUAUCACCAAAAAAUAUUUAUAUCGCCAACUGUGGCGACUCUCGGGCAGUACUCUGUAGAUCUGGAAUUCCAGUCUUCUCGACGCGGGAUCACAAGCCUGUUCUACCCGCUGAGAAGGAAAGAAUUCAGAAUGCAGGCGGUAGCGUAAUGAUCCAAAGAGUUAACGGAUCUCUGGCGGUUUCUCGGGCAUUGGGUGAUUAUGAGUACAAAAAUCUAAAAGAUCGAGGUCCUUGUGAGCAGUUAGUGUCGCCGGAACCAGAAAUAUUCGUGCUAGACAGGGACGAUGAACACGAUGAGUUUCUAGUUUUAGCAUGUGAUGGCAUUUGGGAUGUAAUGAACAACGAAGAUUUAUGUAAUUUUAUACAUUCAAGGCUGCAACUAACUGACGAUUUAGAAGCAGUUACAAAUCUGGUUGUAGAUACCUGUCUUUACAAGGGUAGCAGAGAUAAUAUGAGUAUAGUCCUAGUAACGUUCCCAGCUGCACCAAAACCAAAUCCUGAAGCGCAGAGGCAGGAGGCCGAGUUGGAAAUGGUUAUUGCAAGGAGAAUUAAAGAAAUAAUCGCCGAAGAAGAAGGUAAGGGUGAAUUUGAUUACGUAAAAAUGCUUGACCUUCUUAGAGGAAGCGAUCAAGAUUUUCCUUACCUGCCUCCUGGUGGUGGCCUUCACGCUAAGCAACCCUUCAUCGAGAAAGUGUUUCGAGAAAUAUGUCCCAGCAAAGCGAAUACUGGAAUAAAAAAAUAUAGUACACACAGUUAUUAUAAGAGGGAUAUUAAACAGAUGUUAAAAAUUAAAUGUACAAGUUGGAAUAAAAAAUAGAAAAUUAAAUAAUAUAAAGUCUAAUCAAGAAAGAAGACGUAAGUUUUAAUAUAUUAUAAAUAUGUAAAAAAAUGUAGAGAGCAUAAUAUGUUAUUAUGUAUGCAUUUAUUUGAAGAUACUUUAAAAAGGAAUAGUAUCUUUGAAUAUUUAAUUAUUGUGAAAUUUUACACAAUAAACUAUUAUACAUUUUAUACCGCUUGCAUAGCUCUUUCACAUGCGAACAUGAUUUAACGUUAUAUUUUAUCAAUAAUGUAUUUUUCCUUCAACACUGUACAAAAAAUUCUGUAUUUCAAUAUUUUCUGUAAUUCAUACAUCAUAAAGCGAGAUUUUCAAACUUGAAAAGAAUUUAAUAGAGAAUUUUUGUCAUAUCCUCUCGCUAUGUUGAUAAAAAAGUGUAUAAUAUUGCUAUGUACAAUUAUAUAUUUUUGUAGAUCUAGAAAAGAUUAGCGCUCAGAAUAUAUAUCUAUGUCUCUGA